AUGAUAAGAGCGUGUUUUCAUCAAAGAUGUUUGAGGGCUCAAACAUUCAAACGCUAUGCACACACUAAUAGCUCUUUAUUAGAAAAGUAUCCACUAGGACUCAAGUCUCACGGGUUUCAAGUUUUGCAAGCAGAAUUAGUACCGGAGUUUUCUUUAGUGGCGGUACUACUCAAACAUGAAGAGAGCGGAGCUCAGCAUUUGCACUUGGACUCGCCAAAUGAUCACAACAAUGUGUUUCUGAUCGCCUUCAAGACCAACCCUCCUGAUUCGACGGGUGUUGCACAUAUUUUGGAACAUACAACAUUGUGUGGGUCAACGAAAUACCCAGUUCGGGAUCCGUUUUUCAAGAUGACGAAUCGAAGUUUGAGUAAUUUCAUGAAUGCAAUGACAGGACACGAUUACACUUUUUAUCCUUUUGCCACAACGAAUCCAAAAGAUUUUGAAAAUUUAAUGGACGUUUAUUUGUCCUCGGUGUUUCAACCGCUUUUAAACUACAAUGAUUUUUUACAAGAAGGGUGGAGAUUGGAAAACUCGGUAACUGAUGAUAUCAACAGUAAGCUUGAAUUUAAGGGAGUUGUAUUUAAUGAGAUGAAGGGGCAAUAUUCAAAUACAAUGUACUAUUUUUAUAUAAAAUUUUUAGAGUCAAUCUACCCAUCUUUAAAUAACGCUGGUGGGGAUCCGUUGAAAAUGACCAACUUGAAAUAUCAAGAGCUCAAAAAAUUCCAUUCUGAUAACUAUAACGCGUCAAAUGCAAAAUCCUUUACAUAUGGAAAUUUGCCGUUGAAUAAACACUUGCAAAAACUAGAUAAAUAUUACAAGGAUUGGAAACAAAACCCCUCAGCCAACUCAAAUAUAGUAUUGAAGAAGCCAAUAUUUACAACCAAUAACCAAAAAGUUUAUGAUUUUACUGUACCAGGCCCUGUUGACCCUAUGAUUGAUAAGGACAUCUCCGAACAAUAUCACUCUUCUGUCACAUGGUAUUUGGGUAAUCCAUUGGACCCUCAAAUGCAUUAUAUGUUAUUCAAGUGGAAGAUUUUAGGGUCCUUGUUAUUUGAUGGGCACAAUUCCCCCUUUUAUCAAGAAUUGAUUGAAACUGGAUACUCUGAAGAUUUUUCGGCCAACUCAGGAUUGGACUCGACCACUGCCUUGUUUUCAUUAACUGUAGGGUUGAACUUUUUGACCAAAGAAAAAGUGGACGGUUUGGAAAAUAGGAUUUUGGGCAUUAUGAACGAUAAAGUGCUCCCAGAACUAAGGAAUCCCGAAAGUGCAUAUUAUGACAGAGUGAAAGCGUUAUUGCAUCAAAUAGAAAUAGGGUUCAAAAAACACAAACCUGAUUUUGGGUUUGGUUUGCUCAGCUCGCUUGUUCCUUCUUGGGUUAAUGGUAGUGAUCCCAUAAAUCAAUUGCGAGUGGAGAAGAUUUUAUCGCAAUUCAAAAAUGAAUUUGAAGCAAAGGGUUUAUCGAUGUUUGAAACUAUGUUGAAAGAGUCCAUUUUGAAUAAAGAGUCAAAGAAGUUUAAAUUCACAAUGGUGCCACAAGUUGAAUUCUACACGAAAUUGGCGGAUGCGGAAUCUAAUAACCUUGAGGCAAAAGUUCAGAAAUUAACUAAGCACGAUAAAGAAGUACUCUUUAACCGCAACAUUGAAUUGAAAAAGUCGCAAUCCAAAGAGGAAGACAGUGAAGUGCUACCCACUCUUACUAUUGAAGAUAUUCCUCCAAAAGGGGAAUUUUAUCUGGUGAAUUAUGCAAAUGUAAAAAACAAAAACAGCAACAACAACAAAGGGGAGAAAAACCUCAGCGAGAGGAUAAUUGAUACAAACGGCCUAGUUUAUGCAUAUGCGUUAAAGGACAUUUCGUUUUUACCUACAAAGUACUACAAGUUUCUCCCCUUGUUCAAUAGUUGUUUGACGAAUCUUGCUGGCACAACGGAAACUUCAAUAACGGAUCUUGAAACCAAAAUUCAGAUCCACACUGGUGGAAUCUCAUUUGCCUCGAAAGCCAGUGCAAACCCUUACAAUAUUAAUCAAGUAAAGAUGCAAUACCUGCUUUCGGGUGUAGCAUUGAGGGAGGAUGCAAGACACGUAUACGAUUUGUGGUACGAGAUAUUAACUCAGACUCGAUUUUCAGCUGAAGAAGAUGAUGUGUUUGACAAGUUGACAACUUUAAUAAAGAAUAUGGGCCAGAACCAAAUUAACAACAUAGCUGAUCGUGGCCAUUCGUAUGCUUGUGGAGAGAGUAAUUCAAAGUUAACUCCAUCAGGCUAUAUUGCUGAUUUGACGAGUGGGUUAACUCAAGUUCAGUUUGUUAUGGAAAUGAAUAAGAAACUUGAAGAAAAGGGCAAGGAGUACCUUUGUAUGGAACUUUUACCAAUAUUGAAAAACAUUCAAACUUACAUUUUAAGAGGCGAUUUUAAAUAUAGAUUAGUUGGCGAUAAAGAUAUCAUCAGUGAGAAUGAAAAAUUGAUUGCACAAUUUGAUGAAAAAGUCUCGGGCGAGUUUCAAUCAUCCGCCACAAACGAACUUGCCCAGUUGUUAGAUAAGAACAUCAACAACAACAACAACAACAAGACAGAAAAACUUUUAGUUAAUCUUCCUUUCCAAGUAGGGUAUUCUUGCUUAGCCAAGAUUGGUGCACCAUAUUGUUCAAAAGAUGGGGCAGCAUUACAAAUUCUUUCUCAGCUAUACACAUUCAAAAACUUGCACUCAAAAGUUAGAGAAAUAAAUGGCGCUUAUGGCGGUGGACUCAAUUACGAUGGGUUAGGAGGUACACUCGAUUUUUACUCAUACAGAGAUCCCAACCCCAUCAAGUCAAUUCAAACAUUUGAAGAAUCUUUUCCAUAUGGUCUAGACGCCAAUUGGAACGAAAAAGACUUGACAGAAGCAAAGCUAAGGAUAUUUCAAAGUGUAGAUGCUCCAAUUAAUAUUUCCAGUCAGGGUGCUGUUGAGUUUUUCGAAGGUAUAUCUUACGAGCUAGAACAAGAAAGAAGAGAAAAUUUCUUAACUACAACAAAUCAAGAUUUAGUAGAUGUUACCCAAAAGUACUUGGUUGGUAAUCCAAUCAAUAUGGUUACAGUAAUUGGUGAUGAACAAAUUUUGAAAGUUAAAGAUGAUUGGAAAAUCAAAAAUUUGAAAUGA